AUGGUUAUUGACUUGCGGAAGGGGCACCCACACGCCGCCUUUCCACUCAACUACUGCUCGGACGUGCUCGGCACGCGCCACUUUUGCGACAGCCUGGCGAAGUACCUCGGGCGUGCCUACGGUGGGCCCGUCUCUCCGAGCUGGCUGAUGACGACCGGCGGCGUCUCGCACGGCCUCGAUCUUGCGACCGCGGCCCUCAGCCGGCCGGGCGACACGGUGCUCUGCGAGUCGCCGACGUACUUCCUCGUGCACCAGAUCUUUGCCGACCACGGCCUCCGCAUCGAGAGCCUGCCGACCGACGCAGACGGCCUCGACACAUGCGCCCUCGAGGCUCGCUGCGAGGACAGCGGCAAGCCACCGCCGCGCCUGCUCUACCUCGUCCCUUCGCACGGAAACCCGAGCGGGGCGACGCUGCCAGAGGCGCGGCGCAGCCGGCUGGUGGAGCUCGCGCGGAAGCACGGCUUCUACGUCCUGGCCGACGAGGUGUACCAGCUGCUCGACUGGAGCCUGCGGCUAGGCUGGGUGGAGGCGCCGCCCGCGCUGCUGCGGCGGAUCGCGUCGCGCGGCUACCUCUCCUCGGGCGGCGGCGUCGCCCCCUUUGUCUCGGAGGUAGCCUGCGAGCUGCUCGAGGCGGAGCAGGACGAAGCGCGCGCCCUCUGCGCCGCCCUCCGCGCCGAGCCUGGCCUCUUCCGAGUGGAGACCGAGCCGCUGGGAGGCUUCUUCUGCUGGGUUCGGCUGCCGGAAGGCGUCGACGCGACGGAGCUGCUCCCCGUCGCAGAGAGGCACGGCGUGCUCUUCCUGCCCGGGGCGCGGUGCGCACCCGGCGCUGCGGAGCCCUUCCGGCAUCAUGUGCGCCUCUGCUUCGCCUUCGAGACAGAGGCGGCGAUGGGCGAGGGCGUGCGAAGGCUGGCGGCGGCGGUGCGGGAGGUGCAGCGGCGGGCAGCCUGA